AUGUCACUUGGAUUUUCUAUUGGCGACUUUAUAGCCGUCGGAGAAGUUAUCACGACUUUGAUCGAAGGUCUUCGUGAGACAGGAGGCUCCAAAUCGGAUUAUCAAGAGCUUGUCCGUGAACUACAAAGUUUAGAGAAGGCCUUGAAGCAUGUAGACAAUAUCAGUAUGUCUAAAGGGUCCAUGAUAGGAUUAGACGGUGUCAAAUGUGCUGCUUUGCUAUGUCGGUACCCACUAGAAGAAUUUUUGAAAACGAUUUCAAAAUAUGAAAAUACUCUAGGCUCACGUGCACCUCAAGGAAUUAGGAGUGUCGGACGAAAGAUUCAAUGGGCAUUUACGAAAAAAGAUGAGGUACAAAAGUUACUUGGAUAUCUGAGUAUCCAUACCAAUAGUAUCAACAUGAUGUUAUCAACUCUGGGGUUGGAAGCAUCCGACCUAGCAAACAAGAGAGCAGAAGAGAAUCAUUCAAGCCUCAGGAACUUAAUAGAUGAUACUCGAAUUGAUAUCCUCGAUACAGAAGUAUCGGUAACCACAAUCCAGGACAGCUUCGUGGACCAAUCACUCCUGGCUAGCAGUAACCAAUCGAUGCUAACAUCACUGUCUGAUGUUAUCAAUGGCGAAGUGAUUCUUCCACUGAGGUCUUUGGGAGAUAUGACAACUCAGAACUUGUAG